AUGUGGCUCGCAAAGCUUGUCAGGUCGCAAGUCCAUUUUGUUCCAGGGAAAUUGAGAGUUACUGAACUUUUCUGGGAUGUCCCGCUGGAUUACGAUCGGCCUACUGAGGCCACCAUUCGGCUUUUUGGGCGGGCUGCAGAAUAUCUCAAAUUAUUCCGUGCGGAUAACAUAGUCCGGGAUUGUGAGGCUAUCCGCGAAAAUAUUACUUCUGAAUAUCCGCCUGAAAAGAAGAAAUGGAGCGUCCUUGGCCAAAGUUUUGGCGGGUUUUGCGCCGUUACGUAUCUUUCAAAAUUGUGGGUUUCUCAGAAGGUUUAUGAUCCUCUAUCCCUCUUGUUCCUCCCAGGUUUGCUCUGGAGGCUAAUUUUGGCUUGUGAAGCCCGGAGGGCCUGCGGGAGGUUUUCACAACUGGAGGCCUUCCCCCACUUAGGAACGGACCAGAUCCCGUUCUUGAGCGGACGUACGGAACGGAAUGAAGCUUAUUAUUCCAAGUUCCCCGAGGAUGUCAGCAGAGUUAAUUACAUCCUUCGCUAUCUGAACGAUAACCGGGUCCAGUUACCUGCUGGAGUUCUCACGCCUUCUAGAUUCUUGUCGCUAGGGCUAUCAUUCGGAAUGCGAGGUGGCUUGGAUUCUAUUCACGAUAUCGUACUAAGAGUACAGAACGAGCUUGAAACGUUUAACCUUUUGACGACACCAACUCUUUCAAUUCUGAAUAAUGCUACCACCUUCGACAAUAAUAUCCUCUAUGCGGUGCUACAUGAAGCAAUAUAUUGCCAAGGGGAGGCGUCGAAUUGGUGUGCGGAAAGAUUGAUAGCAAGGUUCUCUCAAUUUCAGAACAAAUUCGAUGGAAGUCCGGUGUUUUUCACUGGGGAAAUGAUAUACCCCCACAUGUUUGAAUCUUCCGAUGAGCUUGGGCAAGUCAAAGCUGCUGCAGACAUCAUUGCGGCAUAUAGUGAAUGGCCGGACCUCUAUGACGAAGCCCAAUUAGCAAAGAAUGAAGUACCGGUAUUUUCAGCAACCUUCGUUGAUGACAUGUAUGUGCAUUACGCGUUGGCAGCGGAAACGGCAGCAAAGAUCAAAGGGUGCAAGCAGUUCAUUACGAAUGUCAUGUAUCACAACGCCAUCCGUACGAACGCUGAUGAGUUGGUAAAACAGCUUUUCGCCUUGAGGGAUGAUACAAUCGACUAG